UGUGUUUCUGCUGUUUCAGGUGAAUUUCAACGUGGCAAAGUUUUCUUUGUCUCCAGAUAUGAAGUACGUUCUGUUCGCCUAUGAAGUGAAGCAGGUUUACCGCCACUCCUUCAUGGCCUCCUACAGCAUCUACAACAUCCACACACGGGAGGUGUGGCAGCUGGACCCUCCUGAGGUGCUGAACUCGGUGCUGCAGUUCGCUGCGUGGGGCGUCUCCGGACAGCAGCUGAUCUACAUMUUUGAAAACAACAUCUACUACAGAUCCCAUGUSAGGAGCAGCUGCCUGCGGCUCACGUCUUCAGGGCAGGAGGGACUCGUCUUCAACGGCAUCGCCGACUGGCUCUAUGAAGAGGAGAUCCUGGGGAGCCACGUGGCCCACUGGUGGUCUCCGGACGGGGAGCGGCUGGCCUUCCUGGUGCUCAACGACUCUCUGGUGCCCAACAUGGUUCUGCCGCGCUUCACCGGCGCCACGUACCCCAGACAGAAGCAGUACCCGUACCCCAAGGCGGGCCAGCCCAACCCGGCCGUCAAGCUGCUGGUGGUCAACAUCUACGGGCCGACCCACACGCUGGAGCUGAUGCCGCCGGAGNNNNGUUCUCCUAGGGAGCACUAUGUGAGCAUGGUGAAGUGGAUCAGUAAGACCCGGACGGCGGUGCGCUGGCUGAACCGGGCCCAGAACCUCUCCAUCCUGACGGUGUGCGACUCCACCACCGGAGCCUGCGUCACGAGACAUGAGGAAAGCUCUGAGCUGUGGCUGUCGAAGCAGAACCAGCAGCCCAUGUUCUCCAGGGACGGGUCCCGGUUCUUUCUGAGCGUCCCGGUGAAGCAGGGCGGACGCGGCGAGUUCCACCACAUCGCCAUGUUCACCACGCAGUUCCGGGCGGAUCAGAACGAGGUCCGACACCUGACCUCUGGGAACUGGGAGGUGACCCGGAUCCUGGCCUACGACGAGCCCAACCAGAACCUCUACUUCCUGAGUACUGAAGGGUCGCCACGGCAACGGCAGCUCUACAGCGUUAAAACGGUGGGCUUGUUUCCACGGCGAUGCCUGACCUGUGACCUUCACAGAACCAACUGCCUCUACUUCAGCGCCGACCUCAGCCCGUCCAACCAGAACCUGCUGCUGCACUGCCAAGGUCCUGAAGCUCCCACUGUGAUGGUCCACAGCCUCAAUAACUCCAAUUACUACAUCCUGGAGAACAACUCAGUGCUGAAGGCGGUUCUGAAGUACAAACAGAUCCAGAAGAAGGAGUACCAAACUGUCCGGGUCGAGCCUUUCGGUGAGAACAGGGCGCUUUGCUACUGCAGGAUGCUAGCAACAGCUGCUAGCAGCACCAAGCUAGCAGCAGGAAGCUAGCAGCAGGUGCUAUCAGC